AUGGAACCUGCCACAACACCUUCACCUAACCCCACGCUCAAAAAACUCAACUUCGCUCUCGCAGACGCAUCCCCAGAAUACAUCCAAAGAAGAAAGAAACAAGCGGUGUUCUUCUUGGCUGCUGCCGCCGCCUCGAUCUUCACCUCCAGAUUUGCCUACAAGUCCACCAUCACAAGACAAUAUAUUCCCACGCUUUUCCAGGGAAACCACCUGCCUCCGUUGAGUUACAACUUCACCUCGGACGCCGCUGUGGCCGUAGGCACAGGAACGAUGCUUUGUGCGUCCGUGUCGUCCAUGCUUAUAUUCGGAACAUGCUGGGUGACCGAUGUGCUGAGUUUCAAGGAGUUUGGCUGGAGAAUGAAGGCGUUGAUGGGUGGAGACAAGAAGGAGAAGGAGGUGGCUGCAGCUCCAAUGGACGAGGAGAGUGCGUACAUUCAGGAUACAUUGAACGAUAUUUUGGACGGAAAAUACGACAUGGACGAGGAAUAG